AUGAAGACCAAAAAUCCCUUGUCAGUUCUAACGAUUGAGUUAAGAUGGUUGCUGCGUACCUUUCCUUGUAACAAGGAGAUGUCAAACCAGGCCGGCCUCAAGCAUGUCGCCACUGAGCCGACGCGACUUGACAGCAAACGAGACAGACGGCGUGGUGCCGCCGGUAGAGCAUCCGCCCUGCGCAGGGCUCCUUCAGACUCUGACUGCUCGGGAGAGACGGCCUCACUGUCUGCGGAUAGCGGCGAGCGGUCCGUGAGACCGCUGCCGCCCCCUCCCCGCUCGGGAAAAUCGAGAGGCCGUCGUAGAGGCAGCGAGUGGGAGGUUCUAGAGGGUCUGAAGGAUGGACAGCGGUUCGACAAGAGGCCUGAAGUGUUCAACGGGUAUCUGCAUAAGAAGAGAAAAUGGCCUCUGAAGGGGUGGCACAAGCGCUUCUUCGUAGUAGAUGGCGGUAUACUUGUAUACGCCCGGUCGCCGACAGAUGUCGCCCGCGGGCGUCUGCACGGCUCGGUGGACGUCGGGCUCUCUGUCAUUUCGGCUAAGGCGCGGCGCAGGCGCAUCGAUAUAGAUGCCGAUGAAUUCAUCUACCACUUGAGGGCGAAGACGCCGGACGUGUUUAGGACGUGGCUUAACGUUUUAAAAGCGCAUAGACUGUACCGACAACAUUUAUUGACAUUCGGUGCGCGGGAGUCGGUACCGAAAAUUCAUGCGCCGCUCGAAGAUUUACCUCCCACUGAUACGUCUUCCCGUACCUCACCCACGAGCAGCGAAAAAUCUCCCAUUGAAGUCCCUAAAUGGAAUCCACACCUCCAAUCCACAUUAUGUCCAGUGUCCGUGUCGCCGAUCUCCUUAAAAACGUCACCGUACAUCAAAGUCAUUCCCAAACAUUAUAAAACACUACUGUCCAGUACUUGUGACCUAAAAAUUGGUGAUUUUAAGAAACACAAAAGCUUGUGUUCCAUGAAUUGCGUUGCGAUAAGAAGCAAUGACUACAUAAAAGACAAGCGGAAUUUAUCUCCUUCGACAACGGAUGCAGAAAAGCAUCUCGGUGGCACAGAUUUGACCGCUAAAUCUCUCAGGUUACAAUCGACAUUAUUAUGCAAAUAUUCUUUAAAUUCGCCAAUGAAAUUACCAUUUGACAGUCCGUACAAAAUCGACAUUCAAUCUGAAGUGAAUAAAGAUAGAACUGCGACGCCGGCGUUUUUCUUUUUCAACCGCAAACACAAAUGUCAAGAGUCUCGAAUGAAGAGAAGUAACAAAUCGACUAACCUCGUCAAGUACAGGAACUUGUACGACGAGCCGAAGCUGAAGAAACCACUAACAAAAUGCAUUUUACUUACAAAUAUUCAAUCGAUAAAAAAUGCGGAAAAAGCAAAGGAGAGCAAGAAACAUAUCGAAGUGCAGAUUGAAAUCGAUAGCAAAGAAAGUAAAUCUCUUCAAGACGCGAUGACUUUGUACGAAUAUGAUUUUAUAACUGAGCGGCUAAUGAGGUCCAUUAUUGAAAAUAUUCAAGAUAGCCAUCUUCUGAAAGCCAACGAUAGCAACAUUAAGACCUACAUAAAUCAAAUAGUCAAAGAAUUAUAUGAUAUGAAAGUCGCGUCUGCUGAAGUACAUCCUAUAAAGAUUCUGUUUAGAUCCUUACUGGAAUAUUGGCUUAAAAACACAACAGUUGACAGCAUACGGGAAGAGAUAAUGCGAGUAAAAUCAGUGGACAGGCAGUCAAACGGACACUUCACUAAAGACGAAAAUAUUUCAAGCUAUCAUAUAGCAAGUGUCGCGAAGCAAACUCAGUUUUAUGGAAUGAAAACAAAACAAAAAAUCCCCCAACCGAUCAUAGAGACAAGCAAGAAGCCAAAGAAGCACAAAGAAUUGACUAAGUUCUGUGACGAUAAGGAACGACAGAUUCAGAAGCUGGAAAGAAUACUUAAAAACACAGUGUAUAUCUGUGAAACCGUUUGCAGUAAUCAAAAUAAAGAGAAAGAUAUAAAAAUCACCAAACGAUUGAUAGAUAAUAUCGGAAAAUUGUCUAGGAAAGGCGAGUUAAUCAAGGCGAACGAAAACUUACCUUGUGAUGAUUCUAAUUCCUCCAAUGAAUUAACGAAUAUACAGGAUACAAUUAACCACUUGUUAAGUGAGACAGCGAUACCUGCUUCUGUAGCGAAAGAGUUCCUCAACGUUUAUCUAGAUUUGCUUCAUAGUAGUCAUAGCAUCUCUGAGACGAGUUCAUCGCAACAAGAUGCCUCUAGUGUCAGUAUUCAACCACUUUGUGACGUUCAAACUGAGAGUGUUCAAAAGAAAGCAUCCAAAUCCAUCACGACAAGAGAAUUCUUCGAAGAUAAUAUACGUGAAAAGAACUCUCUAGAUCCGGGACAGAUGUAUUUAAAAGACGUCUUAGAUAAAAUAACAACGAUAUUUUCCAGAGAAAAUGAUUUGAAACGUGGCAUAGCUCGGGAUGUGGUAAAAGUAGAUGAACAGUGCAGUACAAAAAAUGUGUAUGGACAAAUAUGCCCAUAUGAAAACAAAGAUAUUAAAACUUCUAGUCCUAUUGAUGAAUUGCCUAGUAGAAAAGAAAGAAUAGGACAGGUUAAGGAUCCUUGGUCACCUAUUUCACUGAAGAGUAAUUCAGAAUCCGAGAAAUAUUUUAAAGGGAACGUAGUCAACAAUGUGAAUGUCCCGCUUUUGGAAAAUGAGAGUUGUCCCGACGAUCCAAUAGGAAUAAAGCCUUAUUCGAGUACUGAAGUUAGUAAAGAGUCUGAUGAAAACUUUCAACGUGAAAUCACCAAGGAGAAUAUAGCAUAUAACGCUGAACCGAGCAGCAGUGGUGGUACUUCAAAAGCACAACGAGUACAUAAUCGGAGCGAAGAUUCUCAUACAGAUAGAUCACGUAACAGUCCAGAACUAAUAAAUACUGCCGAAUACGAUGAUUCACAGUCUUGUUAUGUACUCUCAUUGAAAGGUUUACCCGGAACAUUCCAAUCUAAAAAACAAUCAUCACAAACAGAGAACAUGCCAACGUGCUCAUCGCCUAGCUAUCCCGAAGAGAUGGAAUUGUUCGAGAGACAACCGCGAGCUAUAGACGAAAAGUUCAUUUUGCUGCUUUUAGAGAAUUUGUCAUCACUCUCCAAAAACACACCGAGUAUCCACAAAGAUAUCAACAACUUCUACUUAAAACUGAAGAAGAAACACGAAAAAAACAUAUUGAACGCGAGCAAAAUACAGGGAUUGAGCCUUUUAGGCAAAAUAUAUAAUGAGAAUGGAGCGAAGAGUGUCGAAGAUAAAGAGAUACAAUACGAUAUGUGCCUUUGUAACGAAUACCUCAAAGAGAUCAUGACGAACACGAGUGAGGAGUUUAAGAAAGAAAACGAAGACAAGGCGGUGAGCGCUGCGCACAUUUUGAUCAAGAAUUUCAUAAACGUCGAACUGCAGACGGAGGAGAAGUUGGACAUCAAUAAAACAGUUGAAGUACGAAACGAUAUAUUCCUGAAAAAGGAUUUAGCAUCCGUGUUCAAUGCGAGUAGCACUCAAACAAGUCACAGUCAAACGAGUAUUGAAGACGUUGCGACAUCGGACAAGGCUAUUUCGUACCAGGAGUGGUACAGCCAAACAAAGGACUGCGGUAUCAACACGAUAGUAAAGUACGCGAUAAGUAAGAGGACUUUGCCGAAUUUAAAGACUUUCAAAACUAAGAAAUGCCCGAUGAAGAAUAAGACAGAACUUUCGACGCCGAAGAAGGCUAAGAACAAACUGACGACUCUGCAGCAAGACUUCUUCAAGGACAUAUCGUUGUUCACGCCGACGGUGCGCCUCUCGAGAGCCUCUCAAACGGAAAACAAUUUGCCAUAUCUUCGAACGAAGGACUUUAAAGUGUAUCAGUUGUUCUUAAGUAACCGGUUUAAACACAGCAAGUGCGUGUCCGGCUUGAACUGCAGCCAAGACAGCAAAUACGACUUGAAAACCAUUUACAGGUGUUCCAGCGAUCCAAGCUUUUCCUCCGGGCUGGUAAGUCCCACUUCUGGGCCGUUGCGCGGCCCGCAGGCGGGCUUUGUGUCUGGCACGCCCGGCGGCAGGUUGGCCAGCUGGAUCAUAGAAUCAGGUGGUCCGCUGGACAAUGUGUCUCGCGAGUUGGGCCAAGCGCAGCUCUCGGUACAGCAAUUGCAGCGGCUGCUCGAUGCGUUGGACUUGCAUCAGCAGACACACCAUGAUACUGAUGUAUCAAUGGACGGCGCGUCGCCAAACGUCAAGAAGGAUAGACGCAAAUUCGGUUUACGCAAGAAGAAGUCAAACAGCAAGAGCGCCACUAUUGACCCGACACACAUUGACCCCAGCAGCUCACAUAUGGCAUUAUCGACCUUGACAGCGCCGCCAUCUCCCGGCGGCGGUGCGUCGUCCGUCCCCAACUCUGCGGCUUCUCUACCCAUAGGUUUAAAUUUGCUGAUUAAAAUGUCGAGUGACAGUGGUGGUGUUCUUGUGCCCUACGGAAGAAUAGUGCUUACGUACGUUUUGAAAUGGUUACGGGAAAACCGAGAGACAUGUGCAGCCACGAGACCGCAAUCCCUUCCUGGGGCAGAGGUGCUCAGUGCGGCCCCGGCUAGUCUCACGAGCCUCACACCUGAUCACCAGCUUCGAGAAGACUUCACUGUCCUCGCCAAGGACCUCGUGACGAGCUUGAAGAGCAUCGUCGCCACUUUGGUGUGCGAACGAGGACGUCUUCGCACCGCCAUGGAGACAGCAGACAGCGCGACGCCACCCAGUGGGGUAGUGGCCGCACUCAGAACGAACCUCUCCACGGCCCUUCAACAGAAUUCUGAGCUCCGGUCUCGACUCUCGCGCAUACACGACGCCUCCGAUCUAGCCGAGAUCUCUUCAAUGGGCGCCAACUCGGAUCACAAUCACCAAUUCAAACAUUCGCUUAGCUACAGUUCGUCUUGUGUCUCGGCGUCGGAGUUCUUUGAUGCUGAGGAGUAUGACAACGGCGAAGUCAAAGAGAAUAACAACCUUAUUAAUGCUGAUGAGACUGGUGUGAUAGAGCUGGACGGUGAUUCUUCAUCUGAGGCGGGUUCCCUAAGCAGUGAGGAGGGUUCAGCUAGUUCGGACAACAGCGAAGCUGCCAUGGUAGCAGUUGAACAGGUUAGCGGUCCCACCGAGAACGGUUCGGAGCAGUGGACGAGGAGACGCGUCCUCCCCGCGCCCCGUCCCACCCCCGGGGGACCGUCCCUCUGGAAUUUGCUUUACAAGAACAUAGGGAAGGACCUUAGUCAGAUCUCAAUGCCUGUUACCAUCAACGAGCCGCUAAAUAUGCUUCAACGUCUUUGCGAGGAGUUGGAAUACUCUGAGCUGCUGGACUCAGCGUCCAUUUGCGAGGACCCAGUGAACCGGAUGGCGUUAGUAGCCGCGUUCGCUGUCAGCGCGUACGCAGCCAGCGCGCACCGUGCUGCGAGCAAGCCAUUUAACCCUUUGCUCGGGGAAACUUACGAAUGCGUUAGAGAAGACAAGGGUUUCAAGUUCCUGGCUGAACAGGUCUCUCACCAUCCGCCGAUAUCCGCGUGUCACGCAGUGUCCAACAGGUGGGUGUUCUGGCAAGAGGCGAGGAUAAAGACCAAAUUCUGGGGCAAGUCCAUGGAGUUCCAGCCGGCCGGGAGGGUCCACCUCAUCCUUCUAGCCACCGGAGACCAUUACACUUGGAAUAAGGUGACGACGUGCGUUCACAACCUUUUCGGUGGGCAGCGCUGGGUAGACCAGUACGGGGACAUGCUGAUAACCCGACAAGGAUCCGAUAUCAGUUGCAAGUUACAUUUUGUGAAGGCCAGCUCAUGGUCCAGCACUCGCCACGAGGUCCGAGGCGCGGUGUCCUCGAAGCAGUCGACACAGCUACGUCUCCACGGACGCUGGUCGGAAGCGCUCUAUGCUGGAGAACCACCAGCUGCCAGGUGUCUCUGGAGACCUGGCACCAUGCCACCAGACUUUGAACUGUACUACGGGUUCACUCGAUUCGCGAUGGAGCUCAACGAGAUGGAACCGGGCUUGAAGGACAUCCUUCCACACACAGACACGCGGUUCAGGCCUGAUCAGCGAGCCCUAGAAGAAGGUGAUGUGGACUCAGCAGAGCAAUUCAAGCACGAAUUAGAACAGUCCCAACGAGAGAGGAGACGAGAUAGGCCGGACCACUUGCCUGCCUGGUUCCGGAAAUCGAUGAACGACGGCGAAGAAACUUGGGUGUACGGCGGCGAGUACUGGAAGGCGGAGGCAGAUGGGUUCCCGCAUCUGGCCACGCCCCGGCUCUGGUGA